CAAAGGUAUUAGAUGUUAGAAGAGAAACAACUACGAAUAAAACUCUUACUAUAAGGCAGUCGCAUACGUUCCACCUCGACAGGUAAAGCGAUCUUAAUGAUUGUAGUUCUGAUCUCGCGGGUUUAUUGUUUUAUUCCGUCCUGAAAAGAGGCGCAGUUUGAUCCUCGAGAACAUGGCGGAGUAUUUAGCAUCGAUAUUUGGUACGGAAAAGGAUAAAGUAAACUGCUCAUUCUACUUCAAAAUCGGUGCAUGCCGACAUGGAGAGCAAUGUUCAAGACUUCAUAACAAACCGUCUUUCGGUCAGACUAUUUUGCUACAAAACCUGUAUAUAGCUCCUCAAAAUACAGCGCAGAGUGCUGAUGGGUCCCACAUCAACCUUACGGAAGUUCAAGCUCAGCAAAUCUUCGACGAGUUUUUCGAGGAGGUCUUUGUUGAAUGUGAGGAGAAGUAUGGGGAAAUAGAGGAAAUGAAUGUGUGUGAUAAUCUUGGUGAUCAUCUAGUUGGAAACGUUUAUAUAAAAUUCAGGCGUGAAGAAGAUGCUGAAAAAGCUGUUCAGGAUUUAAAUGAACGCUGGUUUGGUGGAAGACCAGUUCAUGCCGAGCUUUCUCCUGUCACAGAUUUUCGUGAAGCAUGUUGUCGUCAGUAUGAACUGGGAGAAUGUACAAGGGGUGGUUUCUGCAACUUCAUGCAUUUGAAACCCAUUUCCAGAGAACUUUGUCGUAAAUUAUACAAUCGGAGCAAGAAACGUUAUGGGAGAAGACGUCGAUCACGUUCUCAUUCACCGUCCAAGAGUCGACGUCGCCGUUCAAGAUCAGCUGGUCGUGUGUCAAGGCGUUAGGUUUUCUUCAGCGUGAUCUGGUGUAUAAUUUCUGUUUUUUGUAUAUGGUUUCACUUCUGUAAACUGUCACGAUCCACAUCAAAUGGUAGAAUGUCCAUUCCAGCUUUAUGAAGCGUUUUACGCUGUAUUAAAUAUACAUCUUAUAACUAUGCUCGUGCUGUUUAUUUUGCUGUACGUUUAUUACAGUAGCAAGACGUCUAGUUAGCCACUAAUUGGUUCUCAAUUAUUCAUGAUUGUAUUUCUUGCUCGAUAAACAGUUGGAUAAACAUGAUACUUUAGCUUCCAUUUAUCAACGUUGUAUGACUUGGAGGUGACAUAAAUACGCUUCACAUUCAUCAUAUCUGAGUUCAUUACAGUUGUCAAAAGGAAAACAAGUUAAUAUUUUUAAUGUGGUCAAGUUCAUAAAUAUUUUCUAAACCUUAUCA